AUGCAUUGCGGCGAAGAUGAUUUGUCGCCUUACACCUCAUUUUGUAAUGGUCCUUACAGUUCCUCGAUAGCCUCGUCGGCUUCCUCCUCUACGUCGUCAGUUUGGUCCGAUGCAGCUUCACAAGCAUCCGACAACUCUUCCAUCACCAGCGCCUCCUCCGAUUCCGAACCUUCAUACUUCUGCGCAAAUCAACCUCCCCUUCCGACUAUCGCAAUCGAUGUCUGCGAAAAAAAUAACAUUACAAAAUUUUGGCCACAACAAAGGUUACCCGUGGAAAUUGCCCCAGAAGAAAGGCAGAACCCCAGAAGGACUAGUGUCGGAUCUAGUACCCGCACAGGUCGUCCUCCUACCCUGAUACGUCAAGCUGAUCGCAAGGUCAACUUUGUUGACAGCCUCGUCGAUUCUUCGGCUUUGAUUGUCGAAGCCAUAUGGCCCCUUUCAACCGUCGCUUGUAGAAGCGAAAUGGGUAAAGGUGUCCUCCCUCUGCGCAUCUUCAUCCAAGAAACCUUGAGAAGAUCAAGGACCAGCUACUCGACUCUUCAAGUCGCCUUGUACUACCUGAUCUUGAUCAAACCAUUUGUACCAAAGACCGAUUUUACUAUGGAGCAAGCGGAUGAUACUCAAUCAUUCCGGGCUUUACAAUGUGGUCGACGAAUGUUCCUCUCUGCGCUUAUUCUCGCAUCGAAAUAUUUGCAAGACAGAAACUACUCGUCUCGCGCUUGGAGUAAGAUUUCUGGACUACCCACUUUGGAAAUCAAUCAAAACGAAAUAGCAUUCCUCCUCGCUGUGAAGUGGGAGUUGCACAUUACCGAGAAAGUUUUUCAACGUUGGACCGACAUUGUUUUGAACUAUACACCAUCAUCGCAGCCUCCAUCCCCAGGAGCCUCUACUUUGAGUAUCGCAGAGCAAUCGGUUGAGUGGAAACGAAUUGUUCUCCAGCUCAACCCGGAAUUGGAUAACAUAAAAGAAAUCACGAGUCCAUCUCACAAAGAAGUUUGUGGUCUUCCAUUGAGACCUUUCACGCCAUUGUCUGCAUAUCAUUUUUCAGGUUCCAAUGAGCCCACCUCGUCUCCAAAGCAUUAUUCACCUCAUGUCAUGGAGCCAUCACCAUCAGCCACGUAUCCAACUGUUAGACCUGUACCGGCUCUUGGCCUUCUCCCAACUCCACGAUUGACUCCCCAGAGUACGGGAUACAACACUCCUGCUGUGAGUGCUGCAUCUUACAUGCUCGGUAAAUCAUCCAUGAGUCUCGCCAUGGCACAGACAAACUUCUGCGGCCCGCAAGCGACUGAAAAGUGGGCAGGUCAAUUGACCUCAUCCCCACAAGGUUAUUCCUGCAAUCGUCGAUCAUCCUUGGCCAACUCGGUCUCGUCUAUGUCUUCGCCAGAAUCAAUGGUUUCGGAUACUUCAUCAAGAACAUCUCGUUCAUCUUCAAUCUCAUCUGCAUCGUCAGUGACGAGUGCGCCGGUCUCAGCAAAGCUGGAUGUCCAGGCGCGUUGUCGAUAUGCGAAGUUGUGUAGUGAGAAGAAGAAUAGAAAUGUUAUUGUGACAGUGGCCGAAUUGUGUGAAAGCUACGACGAAGUUGGGGCCGAUGCAUUAGAUGAAGCCGCACGAACUUUAUACGAAUUGCACCGCCAAUCCGUAUCUGUGGACUCAUCUAACAGAGUUGAUGACAAACCCGCGCAUACAUCUAACAGAGCUGGUGCUAAACGAAGUAGGACUCAUUCACUUGAAGCUUCUCUUCAUGAUAACGUACGAGACCUGUUGAUGACUGGGGGUAUGGCACACGUUUUGGCCAAGCCAGGUGGACAUGCUAGCGAUGUGCAAAUUUUGCCAGCGGCAUCGUCUGGAAGAAAGAGACUAUGUUGUGCGACCGAAGCUGCUCGAGGACUUUCUCAAACAAAUAUCCACCCAGCUUUUCGCCCGGGAAUGUGGGAGGGAAUACUAAAUUAA